UCAAUCAUAAGGCAAAUUUUCGUGGCAAACCAAAUGGCUUUGGCUACUCCCAUGUAAAUAGCAUAUAAAAAGUUUGCAAAUGGUCACUUGUUACAGAAUGGUCCAACUAUUAUGCUUUUGGCGAACAUGUUUUCAAUAUCUGGUCUCAAUCACUGCCAAGGUACAAGGUAAAAACGAUACUGCUUGACUCAUAAACAGCAGCCGUAAUCGUCGUGCCCUAUCCAAGUUUACCAAACAUAACCAACCAGUGAACAACGCCAAAACAUGGCAUUUCUUUGCUUUCAUCCCACGGUCAUUAUCACGUACUGGAGAGUCCAAAGUAUAAAAUCAGCACUUUUGUGGCGUGCCGCUUGACUAUAGGCACUAGUUAGCAAGUGGAGUGGAAUCAGUGCAGGGUUGGACAUUUUCGCGUUGAGGUUGCUCCAGUGGUGUAAUGAUCAUCAUGCGGGCCCUCGUAGCAACGGUUCUCCUGAUUACGGUUGUUCUAGUGUCGAUUGUCCUGAUUAACGCCAACUCGAGACACGUGCGGAGUGGAGCGACGAUUACCCGAAACGAUGACGGAGAUUUGGUUGAGGUGGAUAGGACGGAGGCCGAGGUGAUUACUAGUGGGUCGUAUGAAGAUGAACUGUUGGGAAGUAAUCCUGAGCAAAACCAUAAGACCUUUGAGUUUGAGGAUUCACUUACGGAUAGUGUGAAAAGUUCCGAGAGUAGUACUUUGAUUAAUGCAAUCAGAAAAGCAGGUGAAGAGUCGGAUAACGAACAGUCGAACACCAGCAGCCAAGUGGAAUUGAAUCAGGCAGCGGAGUCGGAGGCAUUAGCCGAUGGUGGAGAGGAUGAAGAAAUUGUAGUCCUACACGAGACUCACAACAUCGAUCCAGUUCAAUCGUUCGACGAAGUAGUGUACACUGAAGAAGUGGCUGUAGAUUCCAAGAGCACUGAAUCCUUCGAUGAAGUAACGGGUCGUUCGCCGACUACUCCCGAACUGACCACGGAGGAUGUUUACUAUGUCGAAGAUGCCCCAGCCGAAGCAAAGGCCGAGAAACAGGAAGAGCAGGAAUCUGAAAACACAUAUCUUGAGCCACACACAGUUAACGAUAUCAAGAGUCUUCCGAAAGAAAAUCAAUGGGGAAGUCGAAAAACAUCACCUGCUACAGAGCGACAGACUCCGUUAGGGUACGAGCCCGAAAGCUACAUCGUGGUGGAUGAAGAUAUGUUCAAGUCAACGAAAGCCGAAUUGGAAAAUGCGUUCGCAGAACAGGGUGAUCUACUAGCAGCCAGUUCAAGCAUUAGCAGUCGACCGUUGGAACGAAAGCAGAGGGCUGCUGUGGGUAAUCCUGAAACUAUCGUACUGAAUCGAGCUCCAAUCGUUCCCCACUUCGACGAUGAGUAUCGGGAGCCGGGAUGCCCUCACAUGUUCCCGCCGCCACCACCAAGGCCACGAUAUGUCCAUUCGAUGGAACGCGGUGCCCGGCCAAGCUACCCCGGACUGGAGUCGAUCUACAAUCCACACAAUUGGGAUGCACACAACAUGAACCUGCUCCGUUUUCCGCAAUGCUCGGCCUGUCAGCGGAAGCAGGUUCCCCUGUGCCGCAGCUGCGGAAGAUGCAGCGAAUGUUGUCUGCACAGCGGGUGCACCUGUGGCUGUCUACAUUCUUAGUGUUUGGAUGCACCUAUACCUAUGUAGUUUUUUUUUAAAUAUAAGUAUUGAUUGUUGACUUACUUUUUCCUGUAGUGUUUUAGUUUUCUCCGCAAAUGGCUCCACACUGGGGACAUUGACCAUUAUUGUUUUAAAUUUUGACACAAACGCGAAUAUCACAACC